AUGUUGGGAGGUAUUAUACUUGGCAGUUCCGCAAUGGGCUACAUCCCAGGAUUCACGGAGGCCAUAUUUCCAAAAGACAGUCUCACGGUGCUGACGACGGUUGCGAACGUCGGCCUGCUUUACUUCCUCUUCACCGUCGGCCUCGAGCUCGACAUGCGCUCCGUUGCCAAGACGGGCCGCACCGCCAUGAUAAUCGCGGUGGUGGGCAUCUGCGUUCCGUUCGCGCUGGGUAUCGGCACGUCCUUCGCGCUGCGGCAGGUGCUUCAAGUGGACUCGGCGUUCGGGCCGUUCGUCGUGUUCAUGGGCGUCGCCAUGUCCAUCACCGCCUUCCCCGUGCUCGCGCGAAUCCUCGCGGAGCGCAAGAUGCUCACCACGGACGUCGGCCAGAUGGCCAUGUCCGCCGCUGCGGUCGACGAUAUCACCGCGUGGGUGCUCCUCGCUCUCGCCGUCGCGCUCUCCACUCCUGACGCGAGCCCGAUUGUCGCGCUGUGGAUUCUGCUGUGCGGAGUGGCGUUUGUGGUGGUGAUGUUUGUGGCGGUGCGGCCCUUGAUGGCGUGGAUAGCUCGCCGUGUGACCCCUGGCGAGCCAGUCCCGGAGUGGAUAGUGGGAGUGGUGCUGGUGGGCGUGCUGCUGUGCGGGUUCGUGACGGACACCAUCGGCAUCCACGGCAUCUUCGGCGCUUUCAUCUUCGGCCUCGUGCUGCCCAAGGACGGCCCGCUGCCAUCGCUGGUGAUCGAGAAGAUUGAGGACUUCACGUCCAUCAUCCUCCUCCCGCUUUACUUCGCCUCCAGUGGCCUCGCCGUCAAAUUCCAGUCCAUCUCCGGUGCUGGAGCUGUCGGCAUGAUCUUCCUUGUCAUUGGCACGGCAUGCGUGGGCAAGAUCGGCGGCAUUAUGUCGUCUGCAAUGAUUGCGGGACUCCCAAUGCGCAAGUCACUGGUGCUUGGUGUGCUGAUGAACACCAAGGGGCUGGUGGAGCUCAUUGUGCUCAACAUCGGGCUCUCCAAGAAGGUAAUUACUCAGGAGAUCUACACGAUCAUGGUGAUAAUGGCGCUGGUGACGACGUUCAUGACGACGCCGCUGGUGAUGAUGCUGUACAAGCCGGCGCGCAGGAAGCUGCGGCACACAACCAAGGUGGAGGAGCUGGCGAUGGUGAACGGGGAGCUGCGCCUGCUCGUGUGCGUGCACGGCAUGAAGAACCUGCCCGCCAUGCUCAACCUCACCGAGGUGUCGCGUGGCACGCGCAAGCGGCCGCUGCGCGUGUUCCUGAUGCACCUGAUGGAGCUGUCGGAGCGGUCGUCCGCCAUCAUGAUGGUCACGCGCGUGCGGCGCGACGGGCGGCCGUACUGGUCCAAGGAGAGCGAGCAGGCGGGCAGGGACCAGGUGGUGGUGGCCUUCCAGGCGUACUCACAGCUGAGCCGCGUGAAUGUGCAGCCGCUCACAGCCAUCUCCAAGUUUGACAACAUGCACGAGGACAUCUGCAUCACCGCAGCCGACAGACGCUCCAACCUCAUCGUCGUGCCCUACCAUAAAUUCAUGACGCCAGACGGGUCAAUGGAGGCGGUGCAUCUGGGCUUCCAGAUGGUGACGCGCCGUGUGCUGCGAGCCGCGCCCUGCUCCGUGGCCAUCCUGGUGGACCGCGGAUUUGGCGGCUUCUCACACCUCUCCCCCACCGCCGUGUCGUACCGCAUUGCCGUGCUCUUCUUCGGCGGGCCGGACGACCGCGAGGCGCUCACAGUGGCGCGGCGCAUGGAGGAGCACCCGGGAGUGUCCUUCUCUAUCGUGCGCUUCGUGGCCACGGAGGAGGUGGAACUGGGCUUUGUGGUGGCGCAGCAGGAGCAGCACUCGCUCGUGCAUGCCAGUGGGUCUGCGUCUGGGCACGGGCACGCGCACAAGGGAGGAGACAAGAUGGUGUCGUUCCUGGUGCCCGUGGAUAAGGUCGAGGUGGACCGCGAGAGGGAGCUGGACGAUGCGGCUCUGGCGCCCAUCAUUGACAAGGGCCGCCAGGAGGAAGCACUUGCAGCCAAGGAGGCAGCAGCGGAGGCAAGUGUGGAUGGAGAGGGGGAGGCGAGUGGGAGUGUGCGGAAGCGGAAGAUGGUGUACGAGGAGCGGCAGGUGGAGGAUCCAGUGGCAGCGCUGACUGCAGCGAGUCUGGACGACUACGACUUGGUGAUUGUUGGCCGCGGCCGGCGCUCCACGGCCUUGGUGGCACAGAUUGCAGCGCAGCGCACGCCCUUCCGCUCCUACUUCCACGGCCCAGCAGCCAUGAACCUGGGCAGGUUCGGACACAGUGGAGGCAGCACGCACGAGGGAGGCUCGGAGCUAGGCCCGGUGGGAGACAUGCUGGUGGAUAUGGAAGGGAACGCAUCGAUCCUUGUGGUGCAGCAGCACGACCCACACCUGAUGAGGGCCUCACACCAGGUGGCUGACAUCAGCAUGCUCAUGACUAUCUCAGGGGAUGCUCAGGACUCACCUGCUGCUGAUGGUGCUGAUGGUGGAAGUGAGCAGCCGGCUGAAGCUAGGAGUGGGAUUGAGGAGGUAUGA